CAUUUCAAGAUAAAAAUACAAUAACUUUUACUGGAAAGCUUUUGGGAAAUGAAUAGCUUGUUUAUGCUGAUGAGCAAUUAAUGGACUUGUGAUCAGUGCAAACCAUGCAUUUCAAGUUACUAGUGACAUCAAUUCUUGUAGUGUGCGCAACGUCUCGGCAUAUAAAAGGUUCCCACAAAUCAAGCCAUAAUGUCGUCAACCGCCAACAAAUUGCAAACGCAGGCCAGAUGGUACAAGUAAAUGAUCUUAUUCGAGAACUUAAUCGACAACAAGCUAACUCAAAUAACGGUCCAGUAGAGUUAUCACCAAACAAUGCUGAAGCUGUUAAUGGACCGACAGGUGCUGGAAURGGCUUACCAUUCGGCACGUUGAACUCUAGAAUUGACAAAAACCCUCUAAUUGGAGCUAAUGGACUGUCAAAGAGCGCGCUAAAURACAUCAUGUUUGGCAAUUUCAAAGGACUAGCAGUCCCAGAGGGAAAUAAUAUUGCUUCGUAUGCCAGCGAACAACCUGAAAGUGUUCAGGGAGGAGAAAUGAGACAAAUGCUAGGGGGACAAGAUAAUAGCCUUCAAUUACUAAAUGGAAAUAGAAUGAACGGAAAUGGAAUGGGUAACAACAUGAUGUCCAACCUUGCGAMUUUAGCUGCUGCCAACAACUUGGCUGGAACUCAAGGCCUUAAUGGCUUUAACGUAAAUCCGAACAACGGUUUGUCAAUGACUACAGGAACUAUGAGUUCGUUAGGUUUGAAUGGUGUCAGCCCAAACCUAAUUGGACCAACUGGAAUGAAUUCUUUUCCUGGGGCGCCUUUACAGGUUCCUAAUCCAGCACUUGGAAUGCAGUUUAUGUCUCAACUAAGCAAUAUGAAUGCAGGAAACGAUGGCGAUGAGGAGGAUUUCCAUAGGAUGCAUCACCACAGGCGGCAUCACAGGCACCACAAGCAUCGAAAGUCGACCACAAAGUUAUUGCUGCGUUUAUUAGUUGAUAAAAUGAAAGACAUCUACGAACUUGAUAAAAUGACCACAAAGCCCAAAAACAAGAAGACAAAGUCAGAAUCCGCUGGAGGAAAGAUAGGAUUAACUCUUGACGAUCUAGGAGUUCCUAAAGAUGAUGUUCAUCGAGGAGACAAGACAAAAAUUACAGAUAAGUUUAAAACUAAAUUCUCCUUUCCAGUCACAGUCUCAGAUGAAACUGAACAUCAACAUUUGAAGUUAAAAUCAGAUGAUGAUAAUGCKGGGAAUUCAAGCGACGAUGCAGACAUUCAAAAGAUACUAUCAAAGCUUAAUAUUGGAAAUGAUGGRUCUGGAUCCGGGGCGGAGCCUUCUAAAAAAAGUGAGGAUCUGAAGAUUAGCGAACUGACAGAUUCAGUUUCCAAGGAUAUUGCAGCUGCAACAAGAUUUGCAGAGUCUGCAUCGAAAAGAACGAUGUUAGAAAUUAAAGGUCAAAUAUUCAAAGAUGAAAAGGCAAACUCACGGGACUCUAUCAGAAACUUGAAAUAUGGAACUGACUUCCAUGGAGGGAAAACAGACAAUGAUAUGCAUACCAAACCAGGAGUAAAAAAGUCCAAAACAUCAAACAUCCUAGGGAUKGAAGACUUUGAAGGCUAUGAUAAUGCCAAAGUGAUAGCACCAAAAAUGUUUUCGAUGUCGUCUAUUCUCAACGGCGCAAAAAACCAUGAUGACAUUGAAGACACGCCUACUAUGCACUCAAAACUGGCAGAUAGUCUGCUCGAUUAUAUUCCCAACAAACGAAAGGCAUUUCCUGAAGUGGACAAUACCCCUAUGGUCCCAUCAGACAUCAAUCCAGAGGAAGAUAGAUUGAAGGGUCUCACUGAAACAAUAUACCAUGAUGUGACAUCCAAGGUCGAAGACGGCGCCAAUUAUGUAAAAAGUGCUCGAGUGCUAGGAUCAGUGUUUAAAAAAGUGAAAGAUCCCGUAGCCAAGAAAAGCAUYCAGACUGCAAUCAAAGCCAUGUUGGAGGUUAUGAAGUACAAGGCUAUAGAUAAAAAAGAAUCUUCUUCGAAGAAGUUUAGCUUUCCGGCUGAUGCCAACGCAGUACUUUGGCAACAGAUUUACAACUUGAACGGUGUGCUGCAAAAAAUGAAAAAGCAUCUACACCAUAAAAGAAAAGAAUAGGCAUGCUCAGUGUUAUGGGUCGGUUAUGAUAGCCCACUCAUCACAGCGUAUACGAUAUGUCACUAAAUUGUGUUUUAAAAGAUGCUACAUCAUGAGGGAGUUUGUGUUUUUUAUUUGAUGUCACAUUGACCAUGGUGAUGCCUCAUUGAAAAAUGAAGAUUUUCCAUUAGUAUCCAUUUUUCAGAACACCAACAUAAACUUCUGGUUUCCAAGGAAUAAUAGAAAAUCACUACUUUUUGAAUAUUAUAUAUCUCAGCGGAACGUAACUACAUUAUUCGGAGUAUUAGAACUGAGUUGGUGCUAUGAUAAUUGUACGCUGAAUAUCGAAGAAAACAUUCAUUUAGUACAGUUUCCUAAAGAAGCUUAUUACUUAAUCAUUUUGGAUUUCAAACUUCACUUUAAGUUAAAGAGUGAAUAAACUUUAGUUUCCUUGAGCAAAA